UGCCAAUGAGUGUGUCAAUGACAGUGUCAAUGACAGUGUCAAUGAUUUAUCUUAACAUAGGACUUACUUUGAAAUAUGAAAUUGUUAGCCAUGUAUAUUAUCAUAAAACGAGACAAACCUAUGUAGUAUAUCAUUGGUAAGCUUAAUUCAAACCACUAAGAAUAAAAUAAGCACAUAAUAUGAAGCUUUUCGACAACAUAUGUAAAUAGGAGAAAUGCAUAGUUCAAAAUCGUAUGAUGGGAUCUCCUGUAACAACGACUCUUCAGUUAACCUACGGUUAGCAUACUUUGGUUCUCUGCUAAUUGAUAAAAGAUAUACAUCUUGCAUGAUUCCCUGGAUUGUUGCUGAAAUCAAGAGGAAAAACCAAAGGCAAGAUAUACACUUUGCUGUUGGACAUACAAGUGUUACAGGAUUUGUAAAGAACGAAACGGUUGUAGAACAUGGCUUGAUUCACAUAUCAAAAUGCAUAAAACUGGAAGGCAAAGAUUCAUCAACGUUUGCUUACCUUCUGAAAGACUCAAGAAACAACGCUAUUUGCUCAUGCCAUGUUUUUGAAGCCGAGAAUACAAGCAAGGCUAGCCAAUUUCUUGUUUGCUUAAAACAAGCUUUACAAGAAUGCAAGAAACAAAUGCCAUUGAAAGAAACUUUAAAGUUACAAGAUGUUCCUGUAGAAAAUGGCUCAAAAGAGGAUGAACAUAUUGUAAAAUAUUAUGUUACUUACAUUGGAAAAUUGGCUGUAUCACACAGAAAAGCCCCUCCUUCAUUGAUCGAUACAUCUAUAGAACGUUUUCGUCAUCGUAGUCAACAAUAUUUAUUGUCAGCAAAGUCAAACGAUUUAAAAGCAGUUCAAAAUGGCAGUCACACACCUUCUAAUGAAAUGCCUCCUAAAUUGAAGUCAUUAAGAAUGAAUAGUGAGGAUAACCAACUAGUAGAAAGUGAUUCAGAUGAUCAACAACGACCACGUUCAUCAAGUGAUCACACAACGUCAUCACAUAUAAAUAUUAAUUCUUCCUAUGAAGCAACAGCUGGCAAAUCAAAAGCAAACUCGUAUGGCCUUAAUGAAAGUGACAGCCUUGUUAUGAGUAUUUCUGUUUAUUCAAUUACAUUUAGUUCAUCUGUCUCAGGGAAGAUUGCCAUGGAAAGGAAAGUUCAAGAAAUAUCGUUUUGUCAGCAGGGUACCAUUGAACCAGAACAUUUUGGCUUUAUUUGCCAUAAUCCUUCAACCUCUAACUAUCAUUGUUAUGUAUUUAAAGCACAUUCUAAACAUGAGGUUGAUAACAUUAUGAAAUCGUUAAAAAGAGCUUUUAAUUCGGCUUGGCUAGCCGUUGGCUCUUUAGCAGCUUGUGAAAAAUGUCCGUUACACAAAUUACAUCUGUUAUGUCAAGCACUUGAAGGUGAAAGACCCGGUGAUCAAGAAAUCUUGAUUCGUCAUCAUUUGAUGGAUAAUUUUGGGGAAAGUGUUGUUGAAGAUUUAAAAAAAAAGUGCAAGAUUGAAUCAAAGCGUCGUGAUUUGGUGGAACAAAACGAAGUUAUGAUGUCAUUAUUACGUGUUUUAUAUGAAGAUAUGCAAAAAGUUCAUCGUCAUUCAUCUGGUGGUCAGAGUCGUUCAACGAGCCAAGCAAAGGAAAAACCUCAACAAAAUAAAUUUAUGGCGAAGGCAAAACGCUCUUUGGGAGAUAUUUUUCGGUCUAAAGUUAGAAUGUCACGUAACGAAACGGACGGAACUUCUUCAGACGAGGCGGAAAGUAAGAUUGGAUCGAGCAAACAUUUUGUGACAAUUCAGCAACAAGAAAAUAACUCAAGUGAAGCAUCAGAGCAUCAUGUCAAUGAUGAGAAAAGAGAAGUAACAACAAGCGAUGACACGGUGAAAAAAUCCAAGCGGAAACAUCGGCGGUCUUACAGUGAUAUCAGUCACGUGGUUAAAUCACAUAAUGGCAUGGUUAACAAUGUUAAUGAAAUUCGUGAACAUGUAUCAGAUGAUGAACAUUUUACUGUGGAUCAUCCACAAAGUGGGAGCACCACAACAACUCCAAGCAAAAAGUUAUCUCGGAAACAGUCUUACCGUCGCGCUAUAUUUGACAGUGUUGUAACACCAACAAAAAUUACAAAAGCAGAGAGAAUGGUAUCUAAUGAUAAUGUUAUACCUGAAAUUAUAACCAAUAAAAAAUCACCAGAGCAAUUACGUGCAUUAUGGAGAAAAGCAAUCUUAGAGCAGCGAUUAUUAAUUAGAAUGGAACGAGAGAAUUUGAAGCUGCGAGCUGGAGAAGGAAUAGCCAAGAAUAAACGUUUGAAAUUAGAAUACCGUGAAGUUUUAUCCAGUAAUAGCGGAGCUAAUGAAAUGUGGAACAAAUUAAUGAAUGAAAAAGAAAAGUUGAUUGAAAAAAAAGACCUUCUGGAAGCAGUAAAGUUUGGAAUACCAAAGAAUCGCCGUGGAGAAAUUUGGAGAUAUUUGUUAAAACAAGAUUUAUUGCGACGUAAACCCAGUACGAUGCCAUCUGUUUCUUUAUCUUAUAAAGAGUUGAAGGAAAUGAGAUCCAUUCAUCAACACGCGAUUCUUAUAGACUGCAACCGAACGUUUCCUGCACAUCCUUAUUUCAGUCAACAUGUUGGAGUUGGUCAAUUUGCUCUGUUUAAUUUACUGAAAGUUUAUUCUAACAUGGAUCCUGAUCUGGGAUACUGUCAAGGAUUGAGCUUUGUUGCUGGAAUUCUUUUAAUGCAUCUUGGCGAGGAGGAAGCUUUUGAGGUUUUGACACAUUUAACUUUCCAUUACGGUUUACGUAAUCAGUAUAUGCCUGAUAUGGCGGGACUUCGUGUUCAAUUUUAUCAAUAUUCUCGUUUACUUCAUGACGCCUGUCCAAAUCUACAUGAUCAUUUUGAAUGUUAUGAAGUUACACCAACUUUGUACGCUGCUUCUUGGUUUUUAACGCUCUUUUCUUCAUUGUUUCCACUCUCGUUUGCUUGCAGAGUGUUGGAUUUGUUGUGUCUUGGGGGAUUAGAGACAAUUUUCAAGGUGGCCAUCACCUUAAUAAGUCGGUUUGAAAAAAAUAUUUUGGCAUGCCAGAGUUUGGAAACGAUUGUUGAUUUUUUGAAAAUUGAACUUCCAAAGCUAGCAGUUGAUGAACAAGAAAGCAUUGUCAGUGAUGUUCUCGCACUGGAAAUAGGUGAUAAACUUUUCCGUUUUGAGGUUGAAUAUCAAGUUCUACAGGAGGAAAACCCAUCUCUGUUAAAACCGUUAUUGGAAAAAACUGCUGAAGAGAACAGAAAGCUAAAAGAGAAUCUCAUAUUACUAAAAGACAAAUUGAAGCAAAAGCAACGAGAUGAAGAAACAUUACUUGAGAAACUAAAACACUUAGAAACUGAGAAUGCUCGACUGAAGAUGAUGGCGAUGGGCAAAGGGAGUGUUGUUUUAAAUGGAACUCAUAGCAAUGCAAAUGGUUCUGUAUUGUGUAAUGAUGUUAAUGGAUGUAGCAGUGAUUUGUUUAGUGACGUUUCUGGAAAUACGUCUCCAACACAUGAUAGUGUAGCCGUUCAUAGUUUUGAGUUGAAUCAUAGUUUUGUGUUGAAUCAAAACGAUAUCACAUCAGAUCGUGGUGUAACAUAUAGUGACAUCACUACACAGAGCUGUCUCCCAAACGAUAGUGGAGUCAAUGGUCGAAACUGCUCCAGUCCUUUUGAUGAACAGAGUGAUAGUUAUGAACACAUCCUUGAUGAGACUGAUGAUGAAAUUGAUCGCUUGUCAUGUGAUUCACCAUUAACUAUAGAACUCGGUCCUGAUGAACAAAACAACACGACAGAAUCACAGAAAAGCAACUCUACUAAACUUUAGAGAGAUUCUAUUAUAAAGAAAUUUGUUAACUAACACUACGGCCUUUUAUCAAAGCGAAUUUACUGUAGCGCAUUUAUUAAUGCAUUGACGUGAGGAUAAAAUUUCAGCAUAAUGCUUUUGUGUCAUAGUUUCAGGUGAAGCUUAAGGAAAAUAUUAAAUGAUGCAAAAAAAUUAAACCACAAAAUAUUUAUUGUGUAGUGCCAUGGCGUCUCGACUAAUGAUGGUUUAACCAUUGAUUGAAAAUAUGUUUCUUUAAAUUUGAGUGCCAAUUACUAUGUAUAUGCAUAUUGUACCGGUGCAUGACACUUAUCUCAACAGAACUCUCUAUAAAAAAAAAUUAUUUUAGGAUAAAUUCGAUGGAUAGAUAAAAAUGAUAAUAACGCAAAUUAAUUGCAUUAUGUAAAUAUAAGACAAAAUCGAAAUGUGUGAAAUUAUGAUUAAUUAUUCGUGCAA